AUGGGCGCCAAGUUAAAUGGACACCACUCCGGUAACUCAGGACAGAUACAAAUCAUUAACGAGGAGAAGAAUUUCACACCACACCUGUCUGCACAAAUCGAAAGAUGGGGACUUCGUGAUGCCGGGUUUAGCUACAAUGUUGUAGCUGUUUUCGGUUCGCAGUCAACGGGAAAGAGUACCCUACUGAACAGAUUGUUCGGGACGACGUUCGAUGUCAUGGAUGAAACGAAGCGACAACAAACGACGAAAGGUAUUUGGAUGUGUCGAGGCAUGGACAUGAGUGUGAUGGUUAUGGAUGUCGAGGGUACGGACGGGCGCGAACGGGGAGAAGACCAGGACUUUGAGCGUAAAUCGGCGCUUUUCUCCCUCGCCUCUUCAGAGGUUCUCAUCAUCAACUUGUGGGAGCACCAAGUGGGGUUGUAUCAAGGUGCAAACAUGGGCCUGCUGAAAACCGUGUUCGAAGUAAACCUGGGUCUAUUUGGGAAGAAGGCUCAGGAGGGACCUCAAUCUCGCACCUUACUUCUAUUCGUCAUCCGUGACCACAUUGGCGUGACCCCUCUAGCCAACCUUCAGGCGACCCUGACCGCAGAUCUUACACGAAUAUGGGACUCGCUCACGAAGCCGUCUGGGCUUGCUCAGGCACAGCUCUCCGACUACUUUGAUCUCUCUUUCACAGCUCUCCCUCACAAAAUUCUCGAGGCCCAGAGGUUCGAAAAUGAGGUAGCCCAGCUAAGGGAGAGGUUUGUAGACAAGACACUGCAAGAUUACCUCUUCAAGGACGUAUACCACAAACGGAUACCAGCAGAUGGUGUCGCAGUAUACAUGGAAAACAUUUGGCAACAAGUUCAAAAUAACAAGGACUUGGAUCUUCCAACCCAACAAGAACUCCUUGCGCAGUUCCGAUGUGACGAAAUAGCCUCAACUGCACUCAAUGAGUUUAAUACCCAGGCGAAAUCUCAGAAACGGCCGAUCGAGGCUGGGAAGGUUGUUCAGGGGUUAGGCGAAAUGAUGAAACAAUGGAGAGAUCAAGCGCUUGCGCGUUAUGACCGUGAUGCCUCGCGCUACCACAACGGCGUCUACACUCGCAAACGUCUCGAUCUCCUCGCGACAAUAACAUCCACACUCAGUCCUCUUUUCUUCGGCCAACUCAAAAACCUUCAUAAGUCGUGUUUGGCUACAUUCAAAGCUAGUUUGCAGAGCUCGCUGUCACCCGGAGGAAAAGAUAACGACUUUGCAAACGCUAUUGGUAGAGCGAAGAGGGAAUGCGAAGAAAACUUCCUUGCGGUUGCACAGGAGGCUUGCGUUGACGAGAAGGAAUGGAGUUGGGAAGAGGAGCUUUCGCUGCUAAGGGAGGAGAUGGGAGCGGUAGCUGAAGUCUUCCGAAAAGAUGAAACGAAAAAAGUUGUCAACCUUGUCGAGAGAAGUUUCAAACAACAAUUAUCGGAGCCGGUGGAACUGCAGCUGAACAAGGGUUCUCGGGACAUGUGGGAUAACGUGUUGGGGACGUUCAAGCGACUACUGGACAACGCCGAGUCGUCGUACCUUGCCAAAACUAAGACGUUCAACUGCACCGAUGAGGAGAGUUCGGGUUCUCUUUCGGCCAUUCGAAGGCGUGCAUGGCAGGCCCUUCGCUCCAAGAUUGAUGAGCAAACUACUGACGCUGUUAUGCUUUCCAAGCUACGCGUCCACUUUGAGGAGCGAUUCCGGUAUGAUGAACAGGGCAUUCCGAGAGUCUGGAAACCCGAUGAUGAUAUCGAUGGGGCUUACAAGCAAGCCAAGGAGCAGACGCUCGCCCUUAUUCCCCUGUAUGCCAAGAUCGCACCCCACGAUCCUGCGUUCGAGUAUACACUUCCACCAUCCCCUCCGUCAUCACCACUGGAAGAAGAGAUAGAUUUCCAGUCUUCAUUUACUAUCUUCUCUGAGACGAAAUGCCUUGAUUUGUCAAACCGUUUCCGCAGAGAUGCCGAUGCUUACUAUGUCGAGGCCAAGAGGAGCACUGUUUCUUCGAUUGCGCAGGUGCCCUAUUGGAUGUACGGCGUGAUGGUGGUGCUCGGGUGGAACGAGGCGAUGCUGGUGCUUUUUAAUCCGCUGUAUUUUAUGUUCGCCAUUACUGCGACGACGCUGGCAUAUCUCAUAACGAAAUUUGGAUUGGUGGGCCCUCUUCUCCAGGUAUCGAAAACGGCUGCAGGCGAGGUUCAGCGACAAGCGACAAACCGUCUCCGUGCACACUUUUCACAGCCUGUACUUGAGACACCGGCACUCUCCUCGCCACUCGAGUGCGAUGGCACCCAAGCUGGGUUCUUCGUACACGAAGAUCAACUUGACAACAAGAACCAACUCGAGUUCGACUUCGUCUGCUUACCGUGA